AUGGGGGAGCAAUGGGUUCUAUCGACCAAAUACAACGAGGCCAAAACUGACAAUGCGACGAAUUUUGAGGGUCUGAUAGGUAAUACUGGAACUGGGAGGUGCUUGGAGUGGAAACCUGCGCUAGCAAAUGCGUUACCACAUACUUCAGUAUACCCGGCUACUACGUAUGGUAACCUCACCUCGGAGGUAUGUGAUAGAAACAAUCAGUACCAGUAUUUUAAGUUGAAUGAUUGGAGGAAUACAAAUUCGACUAUUAAAAUGUGGAACGAGACCUGUCCGGAAGGCCAGCAACCAACUAUAAUCGCUGGACCAAAACGUUCCCUACUAGUUUACGGCUGUGGGACAGGUCUAUGGAAGAGUGAUCCUAUUGUGGCAGAAAUAGGGUGGUGGUACUAUGAUGCCAUCGACUACCAAAUGUAUAGAAUAGAACUUAAUUCUGAUCGAUAUCAAACCAUUCUGUGCUGCCAGAGGGAGAUGCCCUUAGCAGACAGUUAUUGCAAAGAAGCGAUGCGGAAAGAGGGGCAAGGGAAUAGGACUCCAGAUGUUUUUUGGACGGAGAUGUGCACAGCACUGUUCCCGAAUUACCCUGAGUUUCGGAAAAAGAGGAUGGCCAAACAGAAUGUGUGA